AUGGCAUCAAGAGACAGACGACGACAUUUGCGUUCGCAGCCUACCCCAGAGGCUGAGGUGUCUUCAUCGAUUUUCACUGCCGUACAAGCUCUAUCGUCAAAGGGUCCUGCACUGGCUGGUUCUAGUGAGAAGCAAUUGGAGAGCAUGGUGGAGAAAGCAUCCAUCAAGGAUGUGAUGAAGAUCCUCAUGACCGCACACAAGCUGGACAUGCACCAGCUCUGGGCCACCUGCUCCCACCUCAUCGCCAAUUCGGGCCUCCCGCUGGAGGUCCUCGGCAAGCAUCUCCCCAUCAACAUCGUUGCCAAGAUCGAAGAUCUCCGCCUCAAGCCCGGCCACCACUCCUUCCACACCCAUCACAACCCCUCCACGCACCACCACUUCCCAGCCGCCCCCACCACUGGACAUGACGACCACCACGAUAUCUCAAGCAUAAGCCGUGCUCUCGACACAUCCGACAUCGACCUCGUCAAGCUGAUGGUGAUGGGGGAGGGGCUCGACCUCGACAACCCCCUCGCCCUCCACUAUGCCGUACAAAACUGCAGUCGUGAGGUCGUGAAGGCCCUGCUCGAGCUCGGAGUAGCCGACGUCAACUGGCCGGCAGUGCCUGUCGGCAAGACACCCCUGCCCAUUGCAGCCGAGAUGGUGAAUCCCGACAUGGUGUCGGUCCUCCUCGACCACCAUGCUGAUCCGAACGUCAGGACCAUCGAUGGUGUAUCCCCGUUCGACAUCCUUCGCAACCUGACCUCUGACUUCCUCUUCAAGGGAGCACUCCCGGGGCUAUCCCACAUUGAGCCCAACAAGCUGAGGCUGUACCUCGAACUAGUCAAGUCUGCCGCGAUGGUCUUAUCACGGGAAGAGGAGGCAGUGGGAAGGAGCUCUUUUCUAAAAUAA